AUGACUCUGUCAUCGCAGCUGCUGAACCUCGUCAAGGGAAAGUAUUUCUUUCUGCGAUCGAGUAUUGACCAGCUGCAGAUGGGUAUCACCAACCUACGGAACGCCCCUAUUCAAGAGAGCGAUAUCGCUUCACUUGAAGAAUUCUUCCGGCCAGCACUUCAGCAUUCAAUGCAAGAUUCAACAGCGUCGGAGCUUAUGGGACCAUUAGUCAAGCACUAA